AGCGAAGGGGAGGAGGAAGAGGAGAACAACGCACGCUGCCUGCCCGAGCGAGGGAAACUAACAAAGCUCCAUCGGUCCACAGAGAGGGGUGGACGCACGGCCGAGGCCAGCGAGCUGGCGCCUCCACGCCGGGGGGCCAUAGCGCCGGGCUGCAGUGCCUUCUAGCAAAAGCCAGCGCGGCCCGGGCUGCAGCGGCCAGACGGAUGCCAAGGCCACACGACAGGCGCGGGGGCAGCCGCCGCAGUCGCCGCCCCGCGCGGGCUCCGGACAUGCAGGACUGCUGAUGAAGUGAUUGAGAAGAAACACUUAACACCCUCAUUUUGGAGACAGAACGCCAUGGACCAGCCAUUUACUGUGAAUUCUCUGAAAAAGUUAGCUGCUAUGCCCGACCACACGGACGUGUCCCUGAGCCCGGAGGAGCGGGUCCGAGCCCUCAGCAAGCUUGGUUGUAACAUCACCAUCAGCGAGGACAUCACUCCGCGCCGCUACUUCCGAUCUGGAGUAGAGAUGGAGAGGAUGGCAUCCGUGUACCUGGAAGAAGGAAACUUGGAAAAUGCCUUUGUUCUGUAUAAUAAGUUUAUAACCUUGUUUGUAGAAAAGCUUCCCAGCCAUCGAGAUUACCAGCAAUGUGCAGUCCCCGAAAAGCAGGACAUUAUGAAGAAACUGAAGGAGGUUGCAUUUCCAAGGACAGAUGAAUUGAAAAAGGACCUUUUAAAGAAAUAUAACGUAGAAUACCAAGACCAUAUGCAAAGCAAAAACAAAUAUAGAGCCGAAUUUCUCAAAAAACUGGAACAUCAGCGACUGAUAGAGGCCGAAAGGAAGCGGAUCGCUCAGAUGCGCCAGCAGCAGCUGGAAACGGAGCAGUUUCUGUUUUUUGAAGAUCAACUCAAGAAGCAAGAAUUAGCCCGAGGUCAGAUGCGAAGCCAGGAAACCCCAGCGCUGUCGGAGCAGAUUGAUGGCAGCACUUUGUCCUGCUUUCCCAAACACCAGAACAAUUCCCUGCUGAAUGUAUUUGCCGACCAACCUAAUAAAAGUGAUGCCACCAAUUAUGCUAGCCACUCUCCUCCGGUCAACAGGGCCUUAAAGCCAGCUGCUACUCUCAGUGCCGUUCAGAAUUUAGUAGUUGAAGGACUGCGGUGUGUAGUUUUACCGAGAGAUCUUUGCCACAGAUUUCUGCUGCUGGCAGAAUCCAACACAGUGAGAGGAAUAGAAACCUGUGGAAUACUCUGCGGAAAACUGACGCACAACGAAUUUACCAUUACCCACAUCAUCGUGCCAAAGCAGUCUGCAGGCCCAGACUACUGCGACGUGGAGAACGUGGAGGAAUUAUUCAGUGUUCAGGAUCAACACGACCUCCUCACUCUGGGAUGGAUCCAUACACAUCCGACCCAAACUGCAUUCUUAUCCAGUGUCGAUCUUCACACUCACUGUUCCUAUCAGCUCAUGUUGCCAGAGGCGAUUGCCAUUGUGUGUUCACCAAAGCAUAACGACACUGGCAUCUUCAGGCUCACCAGUGCUGGCAUGCUCGAGGUCUCCACCUGUAAGAAGAAGGGCUUUCAUCCGCACACCAAGGAACCAAGGCUGUUCAGUGUAUGCAAACAUGUGCUGGUAAAAGAUAUAAAAAUAAUCGUGCUGGAUCUGAGGUGACCUGUUCUGAAGAUUAGCACCGUUACCACCGGAUACCUGCCCAUGGACACGUGGUCCCUAGGUUUUCUCAAGAUGUUUCCAGAAGUGACUGAUAUUUUAUAUUUAUACAUUUUAGACCAGAAAGUUUGAUAUUUAUUGCUCUUGUGCAUUUUGAAGUUUUCUUUUUGGGUUGCUCUGUCUUAAGAGUGGUCACAAUGAUGUUAAAUCAAUACCCAUUAAUGGAGCCAACUACUAUGACCAGAUAAUAAAUUAUGCUGCAAACAAUAAUAUGACCAGUAUUUAAAGAGGUCUCUGUGUACAUUUUCAGAGCAUUAGAUGUUUUGCUAUAUUUUUUUUCUCAUUCCUAUAAAAUAUAAUUCCAA